UGGACGAGGCCGGACGACGCGGCCCGGAGCACGGAGCUACAACCCAGCGCUGGGUAACGGCCACGGCGACUGCCCGGACGGUGCGAGUCUCCGCCGUGUGUUUCCCCGUCGUCGUCUGCCACGCCGCGGCUCAGCUGCUCUACUAAUGAUGAGAAAUCAAAAAUAGACAAGGAAGACCACACAAGAGAAUUCUUUAUUGGACCCACCACCCCAACACCAGGGGCAGCACAGGAUUGGGUGUCUUCUAGCUGCAAACCAACCUCUUGGUGAACUUUUGGAUGAAGCCAUUAAAUUAAUUGCUUGCCAUCAUGAGUAGAAGCAAACGUGACAACAAUUUUUAUAGUGUAGAGAUCGGAGAUUCUACAUUCACAGUACUAAAACGAUACCAGAAUUUGAAACCUAUAGGCUCUGGAGCUCAAGGAAUAGUAUGUGCAGCUUAUGAUGCCAUUCUUGAAAGAAACGUCGCAAUCAAGAAACUAAGCCGACCAUUUCAGAACCAAACACAUGCUAAGCGGGCUUACAGAGAGUUAGUGCUUAUGAAGUGUGUUAAUCACAAAAAUAUAAUUGGUCUUUUGAAUGUUUUCACACCACAGAAAUCCCUAGAAGAAUUUCAAGAUGUGUACAUAGUAAUGGAGCUCAUGGAUGCAAAUCUUUGCCAAGUGAUUCAGAUGGAACUAGAUCAUGAGAGAAUGUCCUACCUUCUCUAUCAGAUGCUGUGUGGAAUCAAGCACCUUCACUCGGCUGGAAUUAUUCACCGGGACUUAAAGCCCAGUAAUAUAGUAGUAAAAUCAGACUGCACUUUGAAGAUUCUGGACUUUGGCCUGGCGAGGACUGCAGGAACAAGUUUUAUGAUGACCCCUUAUGUAGUGACUCGCUACUACAGAGCGCCUGAGGUCAUCCUAGGCAUGGGCUACAAAGAGAACGUUGACAUUUGGUCAGUUGGGUGCAUCAUGGGAGAAAUGAUCAAAGGUGGUGUUUUGUUCCCAGGUACAGAUCAUAUUGAUCAGUGGAAUAAAGUUAUUGAACAGCUUGGAACACCAUGUCCUGAAUUCAUGAAGAAACUGCAACCAACAGUAAGGACUUAUGUCGAAAACAGACCUAAGUAUGCCGGAUAUAGCUUUGAAAAACUCUUCCCUGAUGUGCUGUUUCCAGCCGACUCAGAGCACAACAAACUUAAAGCCAGUCAGGCAAGGGAUUUGUUGUCCAAAAUGCUGGUGAUAGAUGCAUCCAAAAGGAUCUCAGUGGAUGAAGCUCUGCAGCACCCCUAUAUCAACGUCUGGUACGACCCUUCCGAAGCAGAGGCCCCACCACCAAAGAUCCCUGACAAGCAGUUAGAUGAAAGGGAACACACGAUAGAAGAGUGGAAAGAAUUGAUAUACAAGGAAGUGAUGGAUUUAGAAGAGAGAACCAAGAAUGGAGUUAUACGGGGUCAGCCAUCUCCUUUAGGUGCAGCAGUGAUCAGUGGCUCUCAGCAUCCAUCGUCAUCGUCGUCUGUCAACGAUAUGUCUUCAAUGUCAACAGAUCCGACUUUGGCCUCGGAUACAGACAGCAGUCUGGAAGCCUCAGCUGGACCUUUGGGCUGCUGUAGAUGACUACUUGGGCCUUGGGGGAGGGUGGGGAGGGAUGGGGAGUCGGUUAGUCAUUGAUAGAACUACUUUGAAAACAAUUCAGUGGUCUUAUUUUUGAGUGAUUUUUCAAAAAGUAGAAUUCAUUUUUUUAGUAAAGUAGCUUAUUUUUUUUAAUUUCAAGUGAUGUAAUUUAAAACCUAAGUUGUAUUUUAAAACAGCAACAAAACUGUAUUGUAUUUUUUGCUGUAAUUAAGUGUAUAAUGUAAACCUAAUUAUUUUAUCAUGGUUUAAAUUUUUUGCAUAUUUGCUUUAUCUUAUGCUGCUGAUUUUUUUUACUGAAUUUGUAAGAUUUUGUUUAUCAAAGCAACUAUUAUGUGGUGACUUGCCUAUAUCAUGACUUAUUUAAGAUUUUUAUAGUUUUUUUAAUUAGAAUUUAUUUCAUAUGUUUGUUCAUGAUGCUAUCCUUCAGGGUUAUGUGCAUAUCAAUGAAGUAACCCAGAGGAGUGAGGGAAAAUAACCUGUAGCCAGUUAUAUUCAGGAAUAACUACUGUAAAUGAUGAACGUGUCAAGAGACCUCCAGUUACUUGCUACUUGCCCAUCCUGGUUUAGUUAGAAAAUAAUUGGUAGGCAAGCCUACCUAAAUUUUGGUAAAAGCCCCAUCGUUUAAAUGCAGAAUAACUCAGAGCAUGUCUUUAAAUGAGAUGCUAGGCACAUGUGACCACCUUCUUGAUCUUUUCACCCCACUAACAAGAAGUCAAGUUGAGGAAUAUGGUGUAUUCUGCACAUUUGUGGCAUGCUCAAAACUUAAGAUCACAUAAAGUCAAGAGGAUACUUCAUGAAUAAUACAUUUCAACGCAAAUAAACAGAUGGUUCCCUUCUAAUAGCUAUGAGCCUGUUUUUGUACACACUAGAGUUAAUUUCCUCAGGCCGUAGGUCCCAGCAGUGGUCUUAGAGUCUGGUCUUUUCUCUUUAGUGCAGCCUCAGGCCCUUGGACCUUUCUGGUUUCCUACUCUACUCGGAGGAUCAGUCAGUUGAGUACCAGUUUUCAUGGUGUUCUGGCCAGCUGAUUCUACCUGUAGCAUAAUCAUAUUUACACUAGCUGUCAGGAGGUUCCAAUGCCUACUGCAAUUUGUGUAGGUGACACAUCAAAUGAGCAAUAUAUCGUUCAUCUGAAAAUAGUAGCACACAGCCAUAUGUAGGAUAUCAUUUUCUAAGGACUGUUUCUUCACAUUGAGCAGAGCAGGCAUAAAUGGUGGUCAUUUAGUCCAAGUCUUUAAUUUUUUUAUACCUGAUUUUCGAUAGAACAUGCAAUGUGGGUGUUGAAUAGUGUAAGAAUGAAUGGUGCUGCUCCUGACAAGUGUGUGUUAACUGUUUACAUUUUAUAUCAGCAGAUUUAUUUCUCUAUAACUGAAUUUUUCCUAAGUCUUGUCAUUGAAGUCUCAUAAUUUCUAAAGUAAUGUCUGUAAUGGCCCCGGACACCUUUUGUGGUGUCUGGAACAAGAGGGAUUUUAUGUAAUGAACUGGGAAAUGCAUGCGUACAUGAGUAGCAAGGUUCUAGGCAGAAGCCACUGGAACAUGAGACUAGCAGGAGUAAGGACAGGUGCAGCUCAGCAAAUGUCUUAAAAGCUUGCUUGGUAUUUUAUUUCUAUAGUUGCAACAAACUUCCUUCUGAAUAAGAUCCUUUAGGUCAUUGUCAAUGUGCAAUAUGUAAGGUGAAAAUACCUUUUUAUAUAUGUUGAAAUAGCAAGUUUGUCUUUGAUGGUUUAAAACCCUGACUUUCAGCCUCUUGGUUUUUGUAGAGAUUCUUUGUGCACUCCUACAAUAGGGUGUGUUCAUUUUACUAGGAAAUUUGAGUUUUGAGACUAUGGUGCAAGCUGGAGAAUCACAGGAUUUGGAGUCUUGACAUUAGCAGGAACUUGAACAUGAGUCCAUUCUUAUUUUCCACUAGUUUCAUAGUUAAUUAGCUUUGUCUUCUGUAGGAUACGUUGUCAACGAUUGCACUUUAGCAGCUGACAUGCUUUCAGAGGUGCCCUGGUGUUUUAUGUUUGGUUACCGCUAAAUCAUCUCUCUCAGUACAGAUUUUGGUGAAGCAAGGAAAGCAGUUCUGACGGUGUCACUUGUAAAUGCCAGCUCCCACUUGCCAACCACGAUCUUUCCGUUGAAUUCAAAGGAAACAAACUCACUGCUUAAUGUAAACUAAAAACAAAACAAAAAAACAACAAAUUAUGUCGUGAAAAAAAGUUCUGUUUAUGAAAAGCUGCGUGCUGUACUUUUAAAAAGAAAAAUUGUCUAAAUACACCGUCCCUCUUUACUUAAAAAUGUUAAUAUAUAUUUGGUACUUUUUUUUGAGUCUUCAAGCAUCUUUUUAAACAUUUGUUUUUGAAGAGAAAUUACAAAUAACAUUUCUGUCAAGCAGUUUGUGUUAAGCCACCUUUCUUAUAAUUUGGGUUUUUUAUUUUAUAUUUCUUAAUAUGCCAAUUGUCUUACUAUCAGAAAAAGUAUAGUAGCUGUUAAUUAUUGUUCAGCUUCUGUAGGUUAGGAAAGAUGCCCAUUCUUUGUACAUGUGUCUCUUGUCUACUAGUGUAUGCUGAUGAUUUGUAAAGAUCCUGUUGUUGAGAUUGCUUAAUUGUAACGUACAUGAACAGAGCACCUCAGCUCCUUCACACAGUUUGCCGAAUGGUUUUCAUUGUGCCAUGAACCUUAGGCUGCUGACCCCCCCACUCACCACCACCACCAGGCCAGAGCAGGCACAGCAUGCUCUUGGCAGCUCCCACGAGAAGCAGCCUCCUGCAGCCUUCCGAACAAGAAGGGCCUUCAGCCCCCACAGGCGGAAGAGAUUGGUGGUGUAUAGAGGAGCAUUUUUCUGGGAGUUUUUUCUAUUCCUCUGUCUGGGCUGAUUGCACCAUGUUGUUCAAAUAGAUGAAGGUGAAGCAGAACUGACCCCAGUCUCUUGAGAGAGUAAUCAGCAGUAGGCAAGUGAAGCCAAUUUCUGGGUUACAAAUCCAACUUGGUUUACACUAUUGACUAGUGUCUGCUACACCACCAAGACUUAACUCUAGUCAGUGUUGCCUAGGCACUAGCCUGCACAACGUUUUGAGGUUAAAAACAUAGUAUAUUUUCAAAAAUACUGUUGUAGUUUGUGAGUGUUGUUCAUUAGUCACACAUUCGUUAGUGUUCAAGUGUCUGCAUGCUGCCCCUCGACCUGGUGAGUAGAAGACGGAGCACCACUCUGCCCGUCGUUAGUAGCCCUGUCCAUGUUGCCUCCAUGGCUUGUUGUGUUUUAGUGUGCAUCGUGUUUCUACUGAGCUCUUAGGUUUUCCUGAGUUACAGGAAAUUCAUUUGUCUUUAAUAAAUUGCAAGAAAGAUGGCAACGUUAAAGGGCAUUCAAGCAGAAAUGUAUAGUCUGGGGUAAGAUUGGAAAACUUGUCAGAAAACCAACAUCCUAAUUAUUUCAGAGUAACUGCUCUUAGUUGGAAGUGCUCUUAAGGAGAGUUUAGUAAGAGUUAACACUUUUCUGGCUUAGAUUCUCGUCGUUACUGAAACUUCUGAGAACCUACUACCUGUGGAUUCAUUUUGCACAAUGUUCUCUUCUCACGAUGGCUUAAAUUAAACUAGGUUUUUAUUGAACUACCUCACACUAAUUUUUCUAUGCUUUCUGGAGCAAGCUGUUGCCCUUCCUGUUAGAUCUUUACCGAGUGUGACGUUCACUGUGUGUUGACAGUACCUACCAGUAAGUGUGUAAAAUAGACAACCUUGCAUCAGUAGGAGACGCUCACAUGUAAAACCUGUCACUGUAAACCUUGGAAAGUUGUGUUAGAUGUGCUUGUGGACAUCAUUACUGUCUGUUUUUGUAAGUAGAAACCUGCUCGUGAUAUCAGUCCAUUCUUUGCAUUUUACAAAAGGAGUAAAUCUUAGUAAAUUUUACGAAGAAAUAAAUUACUUUUGUAGGCCCAAUAUUUGGUAUAUUUUUGAGAAGCUGUUAAUCUUUUAGCUGAAUGAUGAAGUUAAGCUGAAGUAGCUGUCUACCUGGACUGUGACAUCUAUUUUCUCAUUACAGUCUUUUUUUCCUGUCCAACAGGUCUUUGAACCUGAAGACCCAAGUAUGAUCCUUGAUGUUUGCUUUUCUCUCAGUUCGUGUCAUUCUUUCCUCAUCCCUCCCCUUCCCUCUGUUCUGUUUCUUCCCCUCUCCUGGCCUCCCUCUCCUGUAGACAAAACAGAAUGGGGCACUUCGUAGGGAAUGCUGAGAUCAUUAUUGUGGUUUUUAAUCAUUCAUGCCCUAGUCAUUGAACAUGCACCACUGGAAUGGAAACAAUGUUAUCAAGUAUGUCAAUUGGUUAUAUUAUUUUAAAUAAAAAAGACAAAAGUGGUAUGAAUAUUA